CGCUCUUCUCUCUGGGGCUUUGCUCUCUGUCUCUCUCCUGGACGAUCUGGUUCAUCGACUCCAGGGGUUCAUCCGCUUUAAGGAAUCGUUUCAGCAACUUUUCUACGGAACAGGAGAGGUGAAAGAAUGGACCAUGACAAGACAGGAUGCCAAGCUCCUCCUGAAAGACCUAUCUUAUGCAUCAAUAAUUGUGGUUUCUUUGGAAGCCCGGCUACCAUGAAUAUGUGUUCCAAGUGCCACAAGGAUAUGCUGAUGAAGCAAGAGCAGGCUAAGCUUGCUGCAUCAUCUUUUGGUAGCGUUGUGAAUGGAUCAUCAAGCAGCAAUGGUAGUGAACCCAUUCUUGCUACUGGGGUGGAUGUGCAAGUCAAUCCUGUGGAGUUGAAGACUGUUUCUACUCAGCCAUCACCUAAAUCUGGUUCAGGGGAGAGUGUAGAGGCAAAGCCAAAGGAGGGUCCUAACCGUUGCACCACUUGCAAAAAACGGGUUGGCUUAACAGGGUUCAAAUGUCGUUGUGGUGAGCUUUUCUGUGCAUCACACCGCUACUCAGACAAACAUGACUGCCCCUUUGAUUACCGCACAGCUGCACGGGAUGCAAUAGCUAAAGCCAACCCAGUUGUCAAGGCAGAGAAGCUGGAUAAGAUCUAGACACAAUGGGUGGAGUUUAAUAUGCUGGAGUAUGUUGCUUAUUUCAUCCAAGAAGUUUAUGUUUUGGCCACAUAGCAUAUCUGGUGUCCUCUUUUAUCAAUAUAUGCCGGUUGGUAUGGCAGCCUAGGGCAUCUAUAAGCUAUGAACUCUAUCUUGUGAUUGGUGAAGAACUUAUAUGUUGGCACCUCUGUUUGCCUUAAUCUAUGGUGGUUUGAUGGACUUAGUCAAUGGUUAGCUUUGUAAUGUGUCAUUGUGUUUCAUAUGGCAUCUCUCUCUCAUACUGCUUGUUGAAAUGGUAUGUGCAAAUUUCCAGAGAUACAAAGGCAUUAUGAAUGUGAUUUAUGGGUGGCCGUGUAAAUUUCAAUUUGCUUUUUAUCUUAUUGUCCUGGAUACAUCAAUUCCUUAACAAAUCUAGUACUUGCAU